UUUUUUUUUGGAUGUGUUGGGUCUCUUGCUGUGUGGGCUUUUCUCUAGUUGCAGCAAGCACGGGCUACUCUUCAUCAAAGUGCGCGGGCUUCUCACUGCAGUGGCCUCUCUUGUCACAGACCUUGGGCUCAGUACUUUCAGCUCCCCGGCUCUAGAGCACAGACUCAAUAGUCCUGGAGCACAGGCUUAGUUGCUCUGCGGCACAUGGGAUCUUCCCAGAUCAGGGAUCAAACCUGUGUCUCCUGCAUGGGCAGGCAGAUUUUUACCACCAAGUCACCAGGGAAAUCCAGCUCUGGACAUUUUGUCCCAUCCUGAUUCAUGACCUCUCCCUGCCGGAAAUCCACCCCCAGCCCCUUCCAAGAGCAUCUUCUGAGGGUCUGCUCAGGUUCACGACUUUCCCUGUCUAAGAUGUGCUUGUCUGCACACACAUGCAUCCACGCACUUCACAGGCACAAACGAGAGCACACAGCCUCCCCAGGCUUCCCCUACCCUCUUGCCCACAUCCAACCACAGGCAUCUCCAGCUGGUCCAUCUGCAACCCCAGAAGGCUGCUCUCUCAGGCUGCUCUGUUCCUUCCUGCUGCAGCCCAGAAAGCUGAUGUUGGCGGGGAGUCAGCGGGCACCUCCAUCAACCACUCCCAGAUGCUGCUCCAGCGCCUGCAGGAACUGCUGCGGCAGGGCAAUGCCAGCGAUGUGGUGUUGCGGGUGCAGGCCAUGGGCACCGACGAGGUCCGAGUCUUCCAUGCCCACCGCCUGCUGCUGGGACUGCAGAGUGAGCAGUUCCGGGAGCUGCUGAGUAACCAGAGCGAGGUGGUGUUGCAGGAGUCCCCGGACUGUGCUGCUGUCUUCGACAAGUUCAUCAGGUACCUCUACUGCGGAGAGCUGACCGUGCUGCUGGCGCAGGCCAUCCCCCUGCACCAGCUGGCCACCAAGUACCGCGUGGCCUCCUUGCAGCGGGGCGUGGCCGACUAUAUGCGCGCGCACCUGGCGGGCGGCGCGGGCCCGGCGGUGGGCUGGUACCACUACGCGGUGAGCACCGGGGACGAGGCCCUGCGCCAGAGCUGCCUGCAGUUCCUGGCCUGGAACCUGUCGGCCGUGGCGGGGAGCGCCGAGUGGGGCGCCGUGAGCCCUGAGCUGCUGGCGCAGCUGCUGCCGCGCUCGGACCUCGUGCUGCAGGACGAGCUGGAGCUCUUCCAGGCGCUGGAGGCGUGGCUGGGCCGCGCGCGGCCGCCGCCGGCCGUAGCCGAGCGCGCGCCGCGCGCCAUCCGUUACCCCAUGAUCCCUCCGGCUCAACUGUUCCAGCUUCAGGCGCGCUCGGCCGCCCUGGCGCGCCAUGGCCCGGCGGUGGCCGACCUGCUCCUUCAGGCCUACCAGUUCCACGCCGCCUCGCCGCUGCACUACGCCAAGUUUUUCGACGUCAACGGCAGCGCCUUCCUGCCCCGCAACUACCUCGCGCCCGCCUGGGGCGCCCCGUGGGUCAUCAACAACCCUGCCCGCGACGAUCGCAGCACCAGCUUCCAGACGCAGCUGGGCCCAAGCGGCCACGACUCGGGCCGCCGUGUCACCUGGAACGUGCUCUUCUCUCCACGCUGGCUGCCGGUAAGCCUGCGGCCCGUCUACGCGGACGCCACGGGCACCGCGCUGCCCCUCGCACGCCCUGAGGACGGCCGGCCGCGGCUGGUGGUCACGCCGGCCAGCAGCGGCGGCGACGCGGCGGGCGUGAGCUUCCAGAAGACCGUGCUGGUGGGGGCGCGCCACCACGGCCGCCUGCUGGUCCGCCACGCCUACAGCUUCCACCAGAGCAGCGAGGAGGCCGGCGACUUCCUGGCGCACGCCGACCUGCAGCGGCGCAACUCCGAGUACCUGGUGGAGAACGCCCUGCAUCUCCACCUCAUUGUCAAGCCCGUCUAUCACACCCUCAUCCGGACCCCCAAGUAGCCAACAGGCCGGGGCGGGAAGCUGAGCAUCCCUGAGGCCUCUGGAUCAGGAAAAUAAAGGCCCAGUAGAGAUGGCGCAGAGGGACUGGGAGUGGCAUGGCCA